CACCUGUUUAGAAUGUCAAAGAGGCCGGUAUUUUCACUUAACAUCAAGAGACAGAGGAGAACUGUCAAGAUAGGCCUAAGCUAAAAUGACUGAGGCAUGGUAUAUGGAUGACUCAUUGGAAGAUCAGCGUCUUCCGCACCGACUGGACCCCCCACAACCCGUCUCAUAUGAUGGUUUGAAGAAGAUCGGAGUGCUAUAUUGGAAGUUGAACCCGAAAACAUUCAAGGAGGAUGGGACGUUGGACAAGAUCAGGAAAGACCGAGGUUACACGUAUGAAGACUGCAUCGAGUGUCACCCGGAGAAAAUGGAAAACUACGACGCCAAGUUGAAGAUGUUCUUUGAAGAGCAUCUCCACACAGACGAGGAGAUCCGUUUCAUUGCUGAUGGCAGCGGAUACUUUGAUGUCCGAGAUGCUGACAAUCGAUGGAUCCGCAUCAAAUGUUGUCCUGGGGAUUUGAUCAUCUUGCCCGCUGGAAUUUAUCAUCGGUUCACACUUGAUGAGAAGGACUACAUCAAAGCGAUGAGAUUGUUCAUCGGGGAACCAGUCUGGAAGGCUCACAACCGUCCCGCUGACGAUAUGGAGUGCAGAAAACAAUACGUCAAGGAUCUCCAGUCCACAGAGAGCUAAAGGGAGUGCCACUAGCUCACGUUAUGUGUUAUAUGAUUCUUCUUGGAUCUGGUGGUGGACUUUUGAAAUACAGUAGAACCUCUCUUAGCGGACACUUUUCUAUUAAGGACACUAUUUUUGGUCCCAAAUUGGUGUCAGUCCGGAGGGUGUCUUUAAAUAGGGAGGUUCUACAUCUACUCAUCUGAUUAUGACUUUGUGAAUUUAUGCAAUAACUUUUUCUAAUGAUGCAAUUCAUAUUCUUCUGGGGUUGGUGGUGGACUCGACCUCGAUUCAGAUGGUAGGUUCUAAACCUUAGGACGCUCCAAAACCAUGAAACCACCCAUUUGUUAAGUUUAUAUAUAUAUACAUAUUUUAGUGAAAACUUCAUGUGCGUUUAUACUAGACCAUAUGUGUGGGUUUAAUUAGGCCCAUCAAUAUUCCAGCUUGUGUCAUUAUCAUUCAUCAGUGCUGGUAUCAUUUAAAGGUCUUGUGUUAAUUGUAUUUCCUUGUGGUUCAGUUAAAUAGAUUGCCGUAGUGCAGUUGGUAUGCACCCUAAUUAGCUAAAACUUGGCAUUGCCCUUGUGUAGACAGAUAUACAAAUACUACACAUACCAAGUUUCAACAAAAUUGCCUUUACAAUAACUGCACAAUAACUGCCUUUCCAUUUUCCUGGACCACCAGUAAUUACGAGCGGCAUGCCCCUUUAAUAGAUACUCAUCCCCAACGAUUCCACUAUAUACUGGUUGUUAUGACCUCAUUAUGCAUGUAUGAUGUAAGGCUUCUCAUUGCAGUGGACAGAUGGUGUACACAUAACGAUGAGAAUCAAUAAAAUCCAAUUUCAUGAAUGAAU